AUGCCGCCGCGCGACGACGCGACGACAUCGGAGACGGCUAGCAACGAUACCCCUGACGUGCUGGAACGCACCUCGCUAUCCUUAGCCGGUCAUGCUCUUCCACAGACCAAGGCGAUGGCACAAACAUUAGCGCAGUUCUCGCAUUUGCGUCGACUGGAUUUAUCGAAUAUGGAAUCGUCGGAAGCGUGUCCCCAUGGCUUGGAGCAACUCCAUUGGAUUGCCACGGCCGUACGACGGAGUCGCAAGCAUGUCAAGGAGGGACAAACCCCUCUGGACGAACGGCUCACGUGGCUGAACAUCGCGGGCAAUCCUGCAUUGGGAGCGUCAGACGAUGCCCUGGAUGGCCUCGAAUUGCUCACAGCCUUGCACGUUUUCAACGCAUCGCACUGCCUGCUUAAAUCUAUUCCCUCGGGUUUAUCUGCGUUACGUGGCCUCAAAGCGCUCGUACUCUCGCACAAUGCACUUACUUCGCUUCCGGCCGUCUUUCCUCACUUGCCGGAUCUCAAUACCCUUGUGCUUUCCAACAACCAGCUUACGCAUCUCCCAUCAACAUUGCCUACUUCGCUUCCCAGCCUGAAAAAACUGAGUAUUAGCCACAACGCCUUGCAAGGACCUGAGGCAUUGCCGGAUUGGCGGGUAUGCUCGCAUCUUCGUGAAGUGCGUUUGUGUGGGAACCCCACCUUGCAGCAGCUUCCUUCGCAUAUCCAGUUUUGGGGGUGCGGCGUGGAUGGUGGUGCGCCUGGUCUCGCGUUGCUGGAUAUUAGCAAUUGUGGCUUGUCGUCAUGGCGCGAUGUUGAGGCCUUGCUGCGUCCAGCUACGUCUUCGUCCAACCGGCAUGGCCUGGCGAACUUGUGUGCCAAGGGCAAUGGCAUUGCUGCCUUGGACGACUACCAGGACCGAUGGCGUGCCUCGUACCCGCACCUACACGUUCUUGAUCAGGUGCGGUUGGUCCCGAAGAAGAAGGCUGAGCUGCCACUCACUGACUCCGUGUCAGACGUGGACAAGGACGAUGCCCUGCCUACGCGCGUCCAGGCGGCACCCGUCAAAACUUUGCACACACCGAAGGAACGCGCAUCGGUAUCGCGUGAUGAACGACCACGUGCGUCCAAGCGAGAGGCUGUGUCCAAACGUGUCAGCCCCUCAUCGCCAUCGAAGCGUGAUGACACUUCUACAGCUAAACGUGGCGAGACUUCACGACCCAAACAUGGCGACACGGUGACACAGAAACGUCACGCAUCUUCCACACCGAAACGACAGCGCGAAGAGGAGGUCGAUGACGAGGCUGUGACGACGGAGAAGAAAGUGCGCAAACGCAGCAAGCGUGGCCCGAAGAAACGAGCUGAGGCUGCUACAUUGCCUGAGGCACCGCAAUCUGUACCUGCUACUACUUCUACAUCCAAGCCGAAAAAGAUUCGGCGGAAAAAGACCGUGAAGACCGUGGAGCUGGAUAUGGAUAGCACGCCAUUGGACGCAGCGCCACCGUCACCACCUCGUGUCUCUCAACGUACGCCCUCGCCACCGCCGACCAAGCCGGCCGUGUCGGUUACCGGGGAUACGGGUAUUGUGGGCGUGGUCAACGUGAAACGUGCUCGGCCGGCUGUCACAUCCACACCUGCAUCAUUCCUGGGCCGUCGUGAUGAUACGCCGUUGGGCGGCUGGUAA